AUGUCCAACUACGCCACGCGUUCUUCCCAGCAGCCGUUGAAUGGGCCACUUAGCAACGACUUGAUGGCGGCAUUUUCUCCAAAGAGAAAGCCGCCAGUCAAACUGGUCAUUUCAUCAAAAGAUCGACCAAAAUCGGACAAUACAAAGGCGUUCAGGCAAUCCUUUUGCGGCGAGAACUCCAUCGCGACAAUAAAUGUCAUUGAGGCCGAGAAGACCACGCCCUUCAAGGCUCACAAAUCGUUUCUGAUAUCCCACUCAGAGUAUUUUGCAGCCGCUUUCCGGGGAAAUUAUGAAGAGGCAAAGACUUCGGUCAUCAACCUCGAAGACGUAUCUGCUACAACGAUUGAUAUUUUCAUUGGCUGGAUUUACCGACAAACCAUCUUGACUCCUCAAGGAGAAGUUCCAGAAUUCUUUGAACUAGUCGAUCUGUGGCUCUUCUCCGACCGGGCUUUAGUUCCACGUCUUCAAAACGAAGUUUUGUUAGCUAUGAACAACAGACCAGGUCAGCUCAUCGAUGACCAGCAGAUUUCCUUUCAAAAGAUCUACCAUAAUACAAUGCCUGGCAGCCCUUUCCGACAAUACAUCGUAGCUAUUGUUUCGAGGUCCCAACUGCUUGGUUCAAAAGAUCUGGAAGACCCUAAAGCAUACCCGAGGGAAAUGCUCAUAGAUCUGAUUAAUUGUGUAGCUCGCAGUAAGCGGGACAAGUCUGGGAAAUUUAUCAAACUGGAGCUCGAUCCAUUUUUAGUCGAUGAAUCCGUUGCUGUUCCAAGAUCCCGGAGAGCGAUGACUCCUGCGCCCAGUCAAAUAAUCGAUCUCGAUACCCCGCCCCAAACUCCUAUCAAGUCCAUCGAGCCCGAAACAUCCCAUAAACCAGGAAUCACUGCAGCAGAUGGCAAGCGUAUGGAGCAGAAGAAGCUUGAUCGUGAAGAGAUGGCAACACACACCCCCAUGCCCGCUCCUUACAAUGGCAUGGCCCAACUUGCUGGCGCAGCUAAUACAAGCACUACCCCUACGGGCUUCCUUGGAGUAACGAACUGA